AUGUUUGAAGAAAUUUGUCUGCGUGAAAAUAAGACUCAGGAACGAAGUGAGACGAGAAGUGUAACAGUUAUACUACAUGUGCAUUUUUUUAGAGAGAUUGCCUCCAGGUGUGAUAGGAACAUCUUCAUGAUGAUGAAUCUUGGUAGCAUGUCUAAGUUGCUGAGAUGUGCUGGGAGUGAUGACACCGUUACUAUUAAAGCUGAUGGCGGUAGCAACACAUCCACCUUCAUGUUGGCCCUAGUAACACAGGAAAAGAUUGCAGUCUUUGAGAUGAACCUCAAGCUGAUGGAUAUCGUCAGUAAGCGUAUACGCAUACCAAUUCCUGAGUACCACGCAAAUGUUAGAAUGCCCUCUGGUGAAUUUUGCAGGAUAUGUGAAGAUCUCAGUAGCAUCGGUGACACAGUUGUAAUCUCUGUGAUGACAAAAGAAAGUGUGAGGUUUUCAACAGAUGGUGAUAUCGGGACAGCGAACAUUGUACUGAAGCAGAAUACACAUAUGGACAAACCUGAAGAUGCUAUUGUGAUAGAGAUGAACGAGCCUGUUUCUCUUUCAUUCGCAUUGAGGUACAUGAACCUCUUCACAAAGGCAACUCCAUUGUCAGAAACUGUGACAAUCAGAUUGUCCUCGGAGCUUCCAGUCGUGGUGGAGUAUAAGGUGGCUGAGAUUGGUUACAUUCGGUACUAUUUGGCACGUAAGAUUGAAGGAGAAGAAGACACAAAGCCCUAA